GUGUGUGACGUCAAAUAUCAGCUGACUGGUUUGUUUCGCUAUAGACUCCGCAGCAAUCAGCAAAGAAGGAAUAGCACAACAUCAAAGGACUCAAAUAACUUCUUAUUAUUACAAAAAACUGGGCUUUGAUCGCCCCAAAAUUUAUAUCACCUACAUUUAAAUAUAUUUUCAAUUCAUACAGGGAUAUUUUGUCUCGUUUACAAAACGGUUUGACCUGCGUGAAAUAUGCCUUCAGAGAAGACGUUCAAACAAAGGAGGACAUUUGAGCAGAGAGUAGAUGAUGUGAGACUGAUUCGAGAGCAGCACCCCAACAAGAUCCCAGUCAUCAUCGAGAGAUACAAGGGAGAGAAGCAGCUGCCCAUCCUGGAUAAAACCAAGUUCCUGGUUCCUGACCAUGUCAACAUGAGUGAGCUGAUCAAAAUCAUCAGGAGGCGCCUCCAGCUGAACUCCAACCAGGCCUUCUUCCUGCUGGUGAACGGCCACAGCAUGGUCUCCGUGUCGGCAGCCAUCGCUGAGGUGUACGAUCGCGAGAAGGACGAUGAUGGCUUCCUCUACAUGGUGUACGCCUCGCAGGAGACCUUCGGAACCGUGACCCCCCAGUAACAGCCUGCCACCACCACACCAUAGCUCGGACAAUGAUAUCACCUCCUCCCUCCCUGAUCCUUUGUUCCUAAAUACAGACCGAUCCCCCUUGCCUUCCCUCGAACACUUGCUUACAACCUUAGCCAAGACAAUAGGAACCAGACAGACCUCUUCUCCCAUGCCCUUAAGGGCCCCUUAUAGAUAUUAAAAGCCAUGUCCUGCACCUUCUCAUACUGCCCACUACCCAUUACUCAAAACCUCUCCCCCGUCAUCCAUUACUCAAAACCUCUCCCCG